GCAUGUGAGCUAGGUGUGUGCUAGCAUGUGGGCUACCAAUAAAGAGACACGUAAUUGUGACAGUUAAACUCACGUGUAUUAUUGAAUAACACGACAUGGUGUCAGAAGUCCUGUCGACAGUACGUGGAGUGUGACCGGGAAAAAGUAUUGUUUGGAGCCAAUUGACGGUGAAAAGGGAAGAGGACAUGGCAGACGAGAAUGCUAACGGAGAUGCAGCGCGACCCGCGGCGGGACCGAGUGCUACGUUUAGCAUCCAGCCACCGGAGCCUUUCGACUUUUCAAGACCGCAGGAAUGGGCCAAAUGGAUACGGCGGUUCGAGAGAUUUUGCCUGGCAAGUAGUCUGAACAGUAGCUCAGAAGAGAAUAAAGUCAACACAUUGAUAUACUGCAUGGGAGAUGAAGCAGAUGAUAUUUUACGUGGAUUGACUCUCACAGCGGCUCAGAGAGACACUUACUAAGUGUGCGGGAUGGCUUUGAAGGCUUCUUCGUUGUCAAGAAAAAUGUCAUAUAUGAGUGGGCAAAGUUUAAUAUGCGCAGACAGGGAGAAGGUGAACUAGUGGACUCGUUCGUCACAGCUCUAUAUGCACUAGCGGAGCAUUGUAGCUACGGAGUGCUACAUGAUGAACUCAUUCGAGACAGGCUUGUUGUCGGAUUGACGGAAAAGCGGCUGUCUGAACGGAUGCAACUGGACUCAGACCUUACCUUGGGAAAAGCCAUUACCAUGGCUCGGCAGAGUGAAGAGGUGAAACGGCAACAAUCUUCUCUGCGAGGUGACGAUAGAACUGAGGCAUGUGACGCUAAAUUAGUGGACAGAGUGUUUAAGAGCAGUAGCAAAUAUGCUAAAAACAAAGCUCAAUCUGCUAAUAGCUACCAAGCCAAGCCACAAUACAACAAGGGUAAUGAUGCAAAGUGUUAUAACUGUGGUUGUUCUCCUUCACAUGUAAAGACUGAGUGUCCAGCCAAGGAUGUAAAAUGCCAUGCAUGUGGGAAAAUGGGAUAUUAUAUGCGCGUGUGUAAAGCAGCUAAAAGCGUGCAUGAGAUUAAUGAAGAAGAGGAAAGCUUGUUCUUAGGCAGUAUUGAGGCCGACAAUGAUCCGUGGAUGGCAGACAUUGACAUUAACAACAAAAGCGUGCAGUUCAAAAUUGACACUGGGGCUGAUGUUACAGUCAUUCCUCACUCCGUGUUUAAGGAGGUCUAUAAGCACAAAGCUCCACCAGCUCUUCAAAAGCCAAGGAAGCCACUUUGGGGUCCAGGGAAAAAUCCUUUAGACGUAGUGGGCUUUGCUAGUAUGCUGCUGAAGAAAGGAGAGAGAGAACUUAUGGAGGAUGUGUAUGUCAUUCGACGCUUGCAAACAGCAUUGCUCGGGAGGCCUGCCAGUGUAGCGCUGAAGCUAGUGGCACGACUAGACAACGUCACUAUGGACACGCUAAAGACUAAUUACCCAACAGUAUGCAGCGGUCUUGGAGAGGUGCAGCAGCCAUAUGCCAUUAAGCUGAAACCAGGGGCCCAACCGUUUUCUCUGAAGACGCCUAGAAGGAUUCCACUGCCACUGAUGGACAAAGUCAAAGAGGAACUGUCCCACAUGGAAGACCUGGAGGUGAUCAGCAGAGUUGAGGAGCCUACAGAUUGGUGCGCUGGCAUGGUGGUGGUGCCUAAAAAGACAGGAGCUGUUCGCAUAUGUUUGGAUCUAAAUAAACUGAACGAGUCUGUGUGUCGAGAAAAAUACAUUCUACCUUCAGUGGAAGAAACACUGGGAAAGCUGGCUGGAGCCAAAAUAUUCAGCAAGUUAGAUGCAAACAUGGGGUUUUGGCAAAUACCUCUAAUAAAAGGCUCAGCCAAGUACACAACGUUCAUCACACCCUUUGGCCGAUACCACUUCAAUCGGCUACCUUUCGGCAUAGCCUCAGCCCCUGAGCAUUUCCAAAACAGGAUGACAACUGAAGUAACUGAGGGACUAGAGGGCGUCUUCUGUCACAUGGACGAUGUACUGGUGUGGGGCCAAACACAGGAGGAGCAUGACGCUCGUCUGUAUGCUGUGCUGGAGAAGAUCCAAAAGGCAGGAAUCACCUUGAAUGUGGAAAAGUGUGACAUAUCCAAACAGGAGGUGACAUACCUGGGCCAUGUGAUCACUGCUAGCGGCAUUAGACCAGACCCGAGCAAGACAGAGGCGGUAAGGAAAAUGGAAGAGCCGAAAAAUGUGAGCGAGCUGAGGAGCUUUCUAGGCAUGGUCAACCAGCUGGGGAAGUUCAUACCGCAGCUAACAGAGCGAGACAAGCCACUUCGAGACCUGCUCUCCAAAAAGAACUGCUGGCUGUGGGGCAUCGAUCAGGCCAGAGCCUUCCAAGAUCUGAAAGACUCUCUGAUAUCUCCACCAGUGCUAGCCAUGUAUGACAGAAACAGAGAAACCAAGGUCUCAGCAGAUGGAUCAUCAUACGGCUUGGGGAGUGUGCUUCUGCAGAAAUGGGAAGAGGAUUGGAGGCCGGUAGCCUAUAUGUCACGUUCUCUCACACAGACGGAGCAGAGAUAUGAAAAGGAAGCUUUAGGCUUAACCUGGGCUUGUGAAAGGUUUCGCAACGUUCUCAUCGGUAGACACUUUGAGCUGGAAACGGAUCAUAAACCUCUACUGAGUCUCCUGGGGUCUCAGGCAUUGGAUGCGCUUCCCUCACGGAUUCAACGUUUCCAGAUGCGCCUGAUGCGUUAUUCCUACUCAAUCACACAUGUGCCAGGGAAAAGCCUGUGGACGGCUGAUACACUGUCACGUGCACCUGUGAAAAGUGACUCCACACCAGAUGAAAAAGAGUUCCUCGAGAGCACGAAUAUCUAUGUGGACAUGAUUAUCGAUGGUUUGCCAGCAAGCACGGCUUACCUGGAAGAGCUAAAAGAGCAGUUGGCAAAGGACAGUGUGUGCGGAAGAGUGAUGCAGCUGUGUGAAGAGAAAUGGCCAGCACACAGCAACAGCGAACCAGCCAUAAAGUUAUACUGGGCGGAACAAGCGUUCAUAACUGUAAAGGACGGACUACUGUUAAAGGGGGACAGACUCGUCAUCCCCGCAAUAAUGAGAAAUUAUGUGCUUGCCAGACUACAUGAAGGUCACCAAGGAGUGGUGAAGUGUAGGGAGCGUGCCCGACAGUCUGUAUGGUGGCCAGGGCUAAGUCAGCAGCUGAAUGAGUUGGUUCUCAACUGCCGGACAUGCAGCAAGGAGAGACAGAACCCCAAAGAGCCGCUGAUGCCAACACAAUACCCAGGCCGACCAUGGCAGAAACUGGGUGCCGACUUGUUUAUGCUGGGAAGCAAGUCAUAUCUGCUGGUAGUGGAUUAUGCAUCAAGGUAUGUGGAAAUGGCUUUGCUGACACCCACAAAAUCAACAGAUGUAAUCCACCAUCUCAAAUCCAUCUUUGCACGACAUGGUAUCCCUGAGACGCUGGUCACAGACAACGGGCCGCAGUUCUCGGGAAGGGCAUUUGAAGAGUUUUCAGAGUCGUAUGGAUUUAAACACAUUACCAGCAGCCCGAAAUAUCCACAGAGCAACGGUGUGGCAGAACGGGCUGUGAAGACUGUAAAGAGUCUCCUUAAGAAAGCAGCAGACCCAUAUCUGGCUCUGCUGGCUUACAGAACCACCCCACUACAAAACGGGUAUAGCCCUGCGCAACUUCUCAUGGGGAGGAGGCUUCGCACGACGGUGCCAACAUUACCAGCGCUGCUGGAUCCUGCUCUUCCCGACAGCGAGGCUGUAGUUCUGCGAGAAAGAGAGAGGAGAAUAAAGGAUGCACAGCAAUACAACCUGCGUCAUCGAGUGAGAAGUCUCGAGAGGCUUACACCGGGAAAAGAGGUUUGGGUCACGGAUCAGAAGGCGAGUGGAACGGUUAUGGGAAGUCACAACACACCGCGCUCCUACAUUCUUGAGGGACCUCAUGGGACAGUCCGGCGAAAUCGCCAUCAUCUCAUCCCCAUGUACUCCUCGUCAGAGCAGAGCGGCAGGGAUGCAGCUGAGCAGCAUUCAGGAGGUGGUCCAGAGCCGCAUAUUGCAGAACCUCCGGAGCCCGGUGCUCAAGAUCUGCCACCUACCCCGAGAACCAGGUCUGGGAGAGCCGUGGUGAGACCGGCUAGGUUGGACUUGUAA